GUGUGGCUGGGUCCCGGCGGCUCUCUCUGCAAGCACCCGUCCACUCUCGGCAACUUACUUCUUGGAGGCUCUCACACUUCAUGUUGCAGUCAGGAGCUCGGGGGAAUUCAGCAUGAUUCUUCUGACCGUGCUGUUCCUUUGCAUCAUUUCCACCUACUCAGCCUCUGUUAAAGGGCACACUACUGGACCAAGCUUAAAUAAUGACAAGCUAUAUAAAUUUGCUUACUCAGCUGAAGUGUAUGUUGACCGGGUAAAGGCAUCACUGCAGAAAAGUGCAGGCUACCGGAUUUCUUCUGAUGUGGAUGUCAACCUUUUAUGGAGAAAUCCCGACAAUGAUGAUGACCAGUUGGUCAAAAUUACGAUAAGAGAUGUUCAAGUUGAAAAUGUGAAUGAACGUCCAGCUGCUAAAAACAUCUUCAAAGGAAAAAGCACAGAGAAGAUCAUCGGGAAAGAAUAUCUGCAAGCUUUACAGAGGCCCAUAGUUCUUGAGUUAGUCCGUGGAAAAGUCAAAAACUUCUACUCGUAUCAAAAUGAACCUGUUUUUACUCAAAACAUUAAGAGAGGUCUGGCUAGCCUUUUCCAGCUACAGCUGCACUCUGGUACUGCCCAUGAGGUGGACAUAUCUGGCAAAUGCGAUACUACUUACCACGUGCGGCAAGAUCAAGUGACUAAAAUAAAAGCCCUGGACUCCUGUGAAAUAGAAAAACAAGGAUUUAACAGUCACAACCGGAUUUUAGAUGUCAGUACAAAAGCCACAUCUGCCACAAUUUAUGUGCUGGAAGACAGUUUCAUUAAAUCCAUUAAGGCAGAAGAAAAUUAUGUUUUGCUUCUGAAUUCCCGACGAAAAUCAGGUGCCAAAAUAGUUUCAAAGCAGAGACUGGAACUGAAGUCAGUACAAGCUGGCCCUGGACUGAUCGCUGGGAAGCAAGUCGCCAGUGUUAUCAAGACCUUGGACUCCAGUUACGUUGCCAUGCCGCUAGUAGCAGAGCCAGUCAAAUCCGAAUGCAAAAAGUGUCCUUCACUUUCUGAACAUUGGCAGAGCAUCAGAGAACAUAUGUAUCCUGAAAAACUUUCCAAAUCUGAAGCAGCAAGAAGCUUUUUGUCCUUCAUUCAGAACAUCAGAAAAGCUACGAAAGAGGAGAUACUGCAGAUUAUUAGAAGUGAAAAAAAAGAACUUCUUCCGCAGAUAGUGGAUGCCGUAACCUCUGCUCAGACCCCAGAAUCGCUAGAGGCUGUACUGGAGUUUCUUGACUUUAAGGAUGCAAGCACUUCUACCCUGCAGGAGCGAUUCCUGUAUGCCUGUGGAUUUGCUUCUCACCCCAGUGAAAUGCUCCUGAAAUCUUUAACUGCUAAGUUCAAGGGUGAUAUUGCAAACGAAGAAAUCAGAGAAACUCUUGUCAUUGUCAUGGGAGCACUCAUCAGAAAGCUGUGUGACAGAGAAGGCUGCAAGCUUCCAGCUGUUGUGGAAGCCAAAAGGCUGAUUCUAAGUAGACUGGAGAAGGCUAAGAAAGAUGACAAUGUGAGGAUGUACCUGCUGGCACUGAAGAAUGCACUCCUUCCCGAAGCAAUUCCACUGCUUCUGAAGUACGCUGAGUCAGAAGAAGGGCCCAUCAGCAAUGUUGCUGCCACUGCCUUACAGAGAUAUGAUCCUUCUUUUCUCACCAAAGAGGUGAAGGAAACAAUGAACAGGAUAUACCACCAGAAUCGUAAAGUCCACGAAAAGACAGUGCGAACCACUGCAGCUGCUAUCAUCUUAAACAGUAACCCAUCCUACAUGGAAGUGAAAAACAUCCUGCUCUCCAUUGGUGAACUGCCUCUGGAAAUGAACAAAUACAUGCUCUCCAUGAUCCAAGAUAUACUUCACUUCGAAAUGCCUUCAAGCAAAACAGUUCGGCAAGUUCUGAAGGACAUGCGUGCUCAUAACUAUGAUCGCUUCUCCAAGAUGGGCUCUUCCUCUGCCUACUCUGGCUAUAUUACACGUGGUCCUGAUGUAUCAUCCACAUACAGCCUUGACAUCCUCUAUUCAGGCUCUGGCAUUUUAAGGAGAAGUAACAUGAACAUCCGUAUUUUUGAUAGAAAUGCUGAGCUUCAUGCCAGCCAGGUGGUGAUUGAAGCUCAAGGUCUGGAGUCCAUAAUAGCUGCAACUCCUGAUGAAGGCGAGGAAAACCUGGACUCCUUUGCUGGCAUGUCAGCCAUUCUGUUUGAUGUCCAACUCAGGCCAGUUACAUUUUUCCAAGGGUACGGUGAUUUAAUGUCUAAAAUGUUCUCAGCAACUGGAGAUCCCAUUAACGUGGUGAAAGGACUCAUCCUCCUGACAGAUUACUCACAGGAGAUUCAGCUGCAGUCUGGGCCACGGGCCAGUGCGGAGUUCCUGGGCGGCCUGGCCAUCGACAUCUCGGGAGGGAUGGAGUUCAGCCUGUGGUACAGGGAAUCCAAAACCAACGUCAAGAACCGGGUAGCCAUGUUUAUAGCUGGUAACGCCGAGGUGGAUUCCUUCUUUGUAAAAACUGGUAUGGAGACCACUUUGGAAGUAGAAACAACAUUAGACUUCAUCUCAACGGUGCAGUUUUCACAGUACCCAUUUUUAGUCUGUAUGCAGAUGGACAGAGUCGAGUCUCCAUUCAGGCGUUACGUGACUAAGUAUGAAAGUCUACCAUCUGGCAGACGGUACACUGCAAGGAGAGGGAAAGCAGAACUGUUGGCAGGUAACGAAUACCCUCUCCAUCAAGAAAACUCCAACAUGUGCAGGAAGGUUUUCGGCACAAAGUCUGAUUCCUCCAGCAACUGGUUUUGAAACAAGAACCUGAGCUUUUGCUUUCCUGAAUCCAUGGCUCCCUCAAUGACUUAGGCUUGUACGUACCGUACUAACUUGGAGCUUGAUCUUGCACUACUAACGGGAAAUUUGCCAUCGAUUUCAACAGGCCAGGAUCAAACUCUCAGUGCGUGCACAGUGUUUACAUAUUAACCUAUAUUUAAGACUUUUGUAAAAAAAAAAAAAAAAAGCUAAGGCAAACAAAGACCGAUUUGCUAGUGUUCCAUGCACUCCCUUAAGGGUGGUGCUAGCUCUUUAUUUUUACUUUUUCACACCAAAACCAAAAAUAACCCCUCAUUUUUUUUCUUGGGGAAUAGAGAAGUUCAUGUUUUUGACAUGCAGUAAGAACAAUUAUGAUGUAUAAAGAAUGAUUAUUUAUGAAUAUAUUUUAAAAUAUUUAGGUGGCUUAGGCCUAUGACCAAUCUUCAUUCAAAUACUCAAGUACAAUUAACAUCUAAAUGGGACCAUGAAUUCCUGCUUACUCAGUAUUGCCUGUUUACAAAAAAGCAGGUUAUAUUUUACAUGAUUUUAAAGGAUUUCCCCUUUUUUUUUUAAGCAGUCAGAGCUUGAUUAUUGUUGUUAUUAUUUAUCUUUUGGGGUUUUUUUAUUAACUGCUAUAGUUAAAUACAAUUGAUUAAAAACAUGGAGUAACAUUUCCAGAAGUACUUACAGUUGCCUUAAUUCUGUUCCCAUUGAGAUCAAUGGUAUAAUUUCUGUAGUUAUCACCAGGAGCAGAGUUAAGCCAACACUGGUUGGUCUUCAAGGUUACCUCCUGAAAAUUUGUGUCCCUGUGUGUAAUCAAGACCGGUGUAUUUAAAAAAAAUGCACUCACUAAGGCAAUUCUGAACUAUGAUGAAGGAAAAGGUCCUGAAAGAAAUCCAUUUUGAAGGCACAGUCUAGCAAAGCCUGUGCAGAACCAGAACAUUUUCUUCUAGGUAAGUUAGGUUCAUAUUUCAAUGUGAAAAAGUAAUCAUGACUCAUCCAAGUCCUCCGAUUAAAAUGACUUAUACCUUUUUGCUCAUUCAAGCAGUGUCUUCAUAGGGACUGGGAAAAAAAAAGUUUUACAUUUACAACAGCAUUGCAGAUUAAGAAAGAAUAUACCUCAUCCCAGCUCAGCUGAUCUCUGACAUGAUCCAUCUGAUUUAAUUUUUAUAGGGCAAAGUGGGUGAGUGCUGGUCACAAAAAAGUAAAAUAAAAAUCCAGGAACAAUUAUUUUUCAAAAAAACCCAAAACCAGGCAGGAAAAACUCACAGAUUGUCAUGAAAAAAGAAUGUAUUGCAAGAAUUUAAUAAAAAUCCAAAUUCUUUUGUGUUAUAAAAAAAGAAGAGUGCAGAAAUCUGCAAAAAUCAAACUAUCAGUAGGAUGAAACAGUCUGCUUGUUGUCUUUCCUGAAAAUGCUGACAUACUUCUAGUCAAAGCAUAAAUAAAACAGGUACAAAUACAGUGUGAAAAAA